AGAGAGUAAACACUACACCGACCACACGUGAAGUGCAAGUGUGUGGAGUCCUAGUUAGUUAUGGCUUAAUACCCUGCAGGAAUAUAUUUAAUUGUGUUAUAAAACUGAAGGUGAGCCUGCAGCAAGAUGGAGGAGCUUCCAAGGCAGGGUUACUACUUGUCUCUUGGGGCUGCUCGAAUACAAGAAAUAAAAUCUAUUGUCUCAAAGUUAGAAAAUUGUGAACAUGGAGGUCGGGUCUUCCAAAAUUUGCCACGGCAUAUGCAAAGAAGAGCAGUAUCUUCAAAUCCCAAGCGUUUACCAAGAUAUCUCCAAGAAAAACAUAGAAGGGAGGGUGGUGCUAAUGUUAAGCCUAGUCAUCGCCCCAGGAGAAAGUACCGUCGACGACCAUUCAAUCUCCUGAUGGAGUACAACCGGCGUCAGAAGGACUUUGUCUGGCUAGAAACACACAUAUGGCAUGCUAAGCGCUUCCAGAUGAAAAGACAAUGGGGCUAUGCUCUCCCAGACACACCCACAUUCAAAGGUUACAGGGCAACUCUCAGAGCAGCUGCUAAGUCCUGCCUUCUUCAGGAUGUUUCCUACUUGUGCUGCCUAGAGCUGGAGGGACCAAGUACAUUAAUCAUAGCUGGUUUGUCUCGUGUAAGUCAUCCAUCAAGUCUAGCAGCACUUAACACUCCACAGGCCCAGCUUGGUCAGAAGUGGAUAUCUUUGACACUCUUUAAGCCAGAAAGACAGCCAAAAGGUGCUCUCGGUGAUGUUGAUAUUCUGUGGCACCCUCCAUUCUCUGGCGCAUCAAGAACCCAAACAGAUAAUUCAAGAAUGUGGAUGUGGGUUCACCCUUCUUCUUAUAAUCAUGUUAUAGAAGCUUUAACACAAGUUUUCCAAUUGGUAAAAUCUGCAAGUAAAUCUGAGGUUGUGUCUAGUCAAGAAAUUAUAAUGGAUGUGGGUGAAACUAAAAAAGAAAACUGUGAUGUAAGUUGUGGAGAAGAAAUGAUGCAGGGUGUAUCUGAAACAAAAGAAAGCAUGGAAUUUGCAAAGAAAGAAAAUACUCAUAGUGAUUUGAUAAAGACUGAUGAGGUCAAAAGUAAAAAGAAAAAGAAAAGUAAAAAUGCAAAAAAGGUUAAUGAGUUAAAACUUGAAAAAAGAAAUGUCCCAUUUCAAAGAACACCAAAGUAUACUUCCUCUGACAACUGUAUAACAAUGACAUUACUUAAAGACACAUUAAAUAGAUUUCAUCUCACAGGGCCCAGAUCUUAUGAUGUCUUGAUGGCUGCUCUCAUUCCUGCCAAAGUAACAUAUGCAACUGAAGAAAAUGAAAUUAUUUCAUGUGACAAGAGUGAAGAAUUUUUACAGCCAUGGUGGAAACAGUACUAUCAUGAUAAAGAAAGAGAAUUGUGUCACCAACAACAAGUAGACUCCUGGAAGAAGCUGGCUUCAUGUCCGCAGCUGCCACAAGUGGUAUUGCCGCUGACAGUUCGUGACCCUCGAGUAACUUUGCCAUGCAAGAAGUCACCCAUUGCAGCUAAUACAUCAGAUUUGACACAAACAGUAGAUCAUCCAGAUUGGCCAGUAGACAGUCCUCUUUAUGACAGUGGACUUCGUGAUCUGGUGACAUAUUCUAAGGAACCUGAUGACGUCAUUAAUAAACGGCGAUCACAAUUACUGGUGCCAGGCUCAAAGUUACCUGAAAGCCCAGAUGAGGCAAAACUUCCAGUUCUCCUGCUCUCAAGGCCACCCACUUGUGCUGCUGGACGUGGUAGCGGAUGGGAUGUUAUAAUGGCUGCAGGUUGGGGCAUGAGUGUCUGGAUGUCCUUAAUCUUCUGUGGUGGUGUUGCAGGGGGCCAACAGGAGGCAGAAAACUUGCAUAUGGAGAUACUUACUCCAUUACCUCCUUAUCUUUUGCCAGACACUCCAGCUGGAGAUUAUUAUACAACUUGGCUGGCAAAGGAGAGAUGUACCCAGUUUUUUAAAAGGCCACCUGCUAAUAGACUUAAUUUUAUAAAGCUUGGUGUUCAGUAUCCAUUCCACUCACCAUGGAGGAAGCUUUUACAGGAUUGGGAGCCAGGGACCCAAGAUAUUUUUGUUCUCAGGGACUCCAGGCUUGUAAGUGGCUUGGCUCAGCUGAUUGGAAAUAAUUCAAAAACAGUUAGAAGAGUUGCUCAAAGACGGAAAGCCAGUGUUGUCUCAGAAGAUACUCCUUCUAAGAGAUUGAAGAUAAUUAUAUCAGAAGAAAAUACCCAAGAUUCUAACAGUUACUCCGAAAAAGAUGAAGCAUAUAAAAAAGUGAGUAUUGAAGACAAUCCAUUAAUGGAGACCCUUAUUGAGAGUCCUCAACAACAUCAGUUGGUCUUCAAGAGCAGCAGUGUUGAAGAAGAAUUACAAACACUGAAUCAUGGUUGUUUGGUAAUGGUGCAGCUAAUAUUACAAUUCAAAGGAACUCUGGAAUCAGGUGCCAUGAUCUGUCUACCACAAGAGGAAGACAUAGAAGCUAGACAGAAGAUAAUGAAACCCACUGACAAAAAGGAAGGCAUCUUGGAACCCCCUCAUAAGGACACACAAUUUGACAAAAGAGUAAAACUGAAAGAGGAACAUGCCAAGAUUAAGGGGAGAAUCCGGCGUGUAAGACGUAAGGCCAGGUUGAAUGUGGCAAGGGAGAAAGACAUUGUUUCAGCUGCACAAAGUGAACAAACCUUGAAGAAAGCAAUUACUGAUGCCGUUGAGAAAGUAAAUGAAGAAAAUAAGGUGAUCCUUGCCAAAUUUUCUUCAUUUAAAGAAGAGAUGGAAGAUGCGUGGCUUAUGAAAACAGAUGGGCCUUUGCAAUGCUGUUCUCGCAAAAUAAUGGGCUACGUAAUUAGUGGUAAUUUUUGCCAAACUUUGGGCAGGGGAGCAGGUAUUGGUUGGGUUGCUUUAAAGCCUCUUCUUCAUCUUCUUCAUUUAUACAAAGAUGUUAGUGAAAAAACAGUUGAAAGUAAGAGUGAAUCACAUGAACAUGUUGAAGACAGAAGAGAAAGCAAGUGGAUAUAUUCUGUGUUAGUGAGGAAUCCAUCCAGUCUUCAAUACCAUUGGGCACGGCUGUGUGUGGUUGUGCAACCAUAGUGAUGAGGAAAGAAAAUACUGGAAUGGAUAAGAUGAAUUUAAGCAACUGGAAGACUGCAGUACUAGUACUGCAUACAUAACAAGACAAUGCUCCUCUCAGGUCAUAUUAUGAGAGCUAGAUUUUCACAGAAGAACUUUUCAGAUGUUUGGUGCUACUGGAAUGGAAUGAUCUUGCUUAACAUGAGAGAGGAUUGAAGAACAGGUGCAUUAGUUUUGAAAUAAACUUUUUUUACUGUU